CUGCCCCUCUCUACUCAGCACGGCCCUGCGGCGGGCUGCUCCCCUUCCCCUCCCUGUCGGGCCGUGUCAGACGGCGGCCGCUAGCGUGGGGCGAGGGAGCCUCCUCCCGCAGGGCGUCGGGCGGGCUUAGCCAGCCGCAGGCGUUUGCCCGCCGCUCUCACUCCCCUCAGUGAGAAGCAGCAAGCAGCAGGAGGCUGAGCCGCUGCUGCGCGGGGCUCACCUGUUGGCGAGGCCGCUACUGCUCUCUACUUCCUCCCUCUCCGCGUCCACACCCUUAACCCCCCCUCCCCCCACCCCGGUCUGCUCCGCUACUGGGGGCUGCCGCCAUGGCGGAGACCGAGGAGAGGAGCCUCGACGACUUCUUCGCUAAGCGGGACAAGAAGAAGCGGAAGGAGAAGAGCAACCGAGGGGCCGCCGCCUCCAACGCCUCUUCUAACGCCGCCUCUAACACCGCGGGGGCGGCCGCGACAGCUGGAGGAACCCGCCUGACUGACGGCAGUGGCUCCGGAGCCGUCGCCUCUAAUGCUGAUUCCUCCAAGACGGUGACCAAGGAAGAGGAUGAUUGGAAGGAAUUUGAGCAAAAGGAAGAAGUUGAUUAUAGUGGUCUUAGAGUUCAGUCCAUGCAAAUAAGUGAGAAAGAAGAUGAUGAAAGUGAAAAAACAGAAGAAACUGGUGACAACUGGGAAGAGACUGCUGGUAGUGUAGACAGAUCAUCUGGUCCUUGGAACAAGUCAGCUCCUGCACCAGCACCUGUGGUUGAACCAACUGUGACGGAGGCCCCGGAGCCGGUGCAGAGCGGGGGCGUGUACCGGCCGCCCGGCGCCAGGGAGGGCGGCAGGCCGCGGCGAGCACAGCAGGGCCCGCCCGAGAUCUACAGCGACACACAGUUCCCCUCGCUGCAGUCCACCGCCAAGCUCGUCGACAGCCGCAAGGAUAAAGAAAUGGAGAAGAGCUUUGAAGUAGUAAAACACAAAAAUAGAGGUAGGGAUGAGGUCUCAAAAAACCAGGCACUUAAACUCCAGCUAGACAACCAGUAUGCUGUGCUGGGGGAUCAGUAGAGCUGCACACACAGUACAGUUAAGGAAUGCUUUUUUGGUAACCCCUCCACUAAGGUAACUAAACUACAGCUCACAGCUAUGAUGAACGUGCCACCUUGUUUCUGCUGGACCUGCUGCAGCAAGUGCAGACUGCCUUGACGUAAGUGAUUGGUUCUCCUGCAUUGUGGAAGCAUAACAUGUUACAACUCCAGUGGAUGUGGGGCAGAGUAAUGUAAUGAUUGAACCAGCGUCACCAGGGUUCUUUAAUUGCUCAGAUACCUACAGCCAGUGGUCAUUUCAAAAUCUUUUUAUGUUCAGAUAUUGAGCCUUCGUAAAGGUUGACUACCUCAGACUUGCUGCACUCAUUGUGGACACCAUGUGGAUCACAACUUCUGGAAGAGAAGGUUACAGCUGUUUUAGUGGCCAUCUGAAACUUGAAACCAGCUCUACUGGAUUCCUGUCAGAAAUCCUGCAGAAGUCAGCCAUUUGGUUCCAAUUUGCUAUAACAAAGAUUUAAGUGACCUUAAUGACAAACCUGUUCUGUUCCCCUCCUGAGGAAUCCUGCCCUGUGUAGCCAUAGCCUGCUAGAGACUUCUGGAGCUGCCCAAGUACCACAGAGCUGUAGCUUGUUUACCUUCUUAGCUGUACUGGAGUAACUGCAACACCAAUUAAAACUCAUCCAGUACCAGAUUGGAGAAAUAAUGGCUUGGAGUGCUCUCUUUGCUUUAGCCAUUUUUGCAGUUGGCUGUUUCAGCUGCUUUGUUUCUUACUCUCCACACAAACUGCCUGCCUGGUUUCUGGUAUCCAGUUGCAGUCUGUCUAAAUAAUGGUGAGACCUUGGACUGAAGCAGUUUCUCUGGGGGCUUGUCAUGAGUCUUUCUCACCCAAAAGCACUAAGGCUUGAGUUUCCAUUAUCCAGGCUCCAACCACAGUCCUUAAAUUUGUCUUUUCCAAAGGAGGUGUGGCUGUAGUGAUACUGGAUAAGAUCUCCUCUAUUGAACACCAGUUACUUGUUGCAGGGUUAUGGGUACUUGAUAACCAAAAUACAACCAGAGGGAUAACUAGAGCUGGUAAAGCCUUACUUGUUUGGCUCUUCUGUGAAGCAUGCAGGUUUUUUGAGGCAGAAAUCCUGUAAGUCAAACUCCUGUGGUGUUUAUUCACCAAGUCAGGAAGUUCAGUAGUAUUGUAAAGCAGUGGCUUCUUAUGUUGUCAUCUUUGAGUCUAGUGGAAGCAGGCAAAGUGGUGCAAGUCUGAUUUGAUGAACAACAUCUGUCAAGUACCAAAUGUGUCCUGCUGUAACCAUUUUUUCUCUUCUCUGAAUUCUCAGACCAGAAGUCAAAUGAAGUACAACAGUGGCAUGCUCCAGUGUUGAUUUUUUUUUUUUUUUUUCCAGAGUAAAUGCCAAAAAAUAGCCCCAACAUUUGUAAGAGUUGCCAAUGGCAAGAGACAAGGGAACAAAACAAAGCUUGCUUAGGUGUGCGGGCAGGUGGUGAGGGUAGUGCAGGGCUCCCUUUGACUAACUGCUGACUCACUUUAAUCUCCUUCUCUGAGGCCAAUGGGAAUUUUGCUGUUGACUUCAGUGGGGCUGGGCUUUCACCUGGUUCUCCUGUGCACAGACUAAAACUGGCCUUGUCCUUGCAGAGUUAACUGUCCCUAAAACCUCUGCUAGAAGCUGCUAUUAAAGAGAGGGCUCAAGACUCUUUUCCAUUUGGAAACAAACCCCACUGAACAGACUGAUGCAGACACCCAGGACUGAGCCACGUAUCUUACUUGCGAAUGCAUUGUUGCCAGCAGAACUGAUGUGUCACUAAAGAUUUCUGUGGAAUUGAUAGGGGAUGGAGAUGUUGAUUGAUGUGGAAAUGUGAAAAUGCUUUUCCUGAUCCUCUGAAGUGCUCUCAGCAAUGCAGCUGAAGCCAGUUCCUGCUGAGGGAAGGGGAGAUGGGGCUGGCUGUUGUGCUGUCUUUUAUUGGAGGUUUUGGGCAUGGAUUCUGGCAGUUCAAGAAAACCCUGUAACAGUUUAAAAUCAAAUAAAAUGGACAUACACAUGGC